UAAUAUAGAAAUACUUGAGUCUAAACAGAGACAAUUACAAACCUGGAAAUGAUAUUACUUGGAAAUGAUAUUUAAUUUCAUAUCAUUAUAUACAGUUUUGAGAUUGGAUUGAAGUAUUUUCAAUAGUUUUUCCAUUCACACAACAUGACAUAAUAAUAAAAUUUCAGUAUGACUUUCUUCUUUUCAAACAUCACAAGCCUUUAAUUGUUAAAUCCCAAAAAGGCUUGAAAUUGCAGUUAAUUGAUUUACAUGAUUUUUUUAAUAGAAAGCAAAUAAUGACAAAGUUACUUUUAUAUUUAUAUUUAUAUAUUCACGAGUUAUAUAUGCACUAGAAAGAUUUCUGUGAUUAAUGUAAAACAAAGUCAGCCAUGGCAAAGCUGUUAAGCUCUCUCUUCUUUGCUUUCUUUCUUCUUCUUCAUCAUCUGUUUUUCCUUUCAACAACUUGCAAAGCAACAAAAAUUACAAAACCCGACGGAAAACCAAUCGGAAAUGUUCCUUUCUUCAUUUUUGGUGACUCAUUUUUGGAUACCGGAAACAACAAUUACAUCAACACCACAACUCUUGACCAAGCAAAUUUCUGGCCUUAUGGAGAGACAUAUUUCAACUUCCCCACAGGACGUUUCUCCGAUGGCCGUUUGCUGGCGGACUUUAUUGCUGAAUAUGCCAAUCUUCCAUUAAUCCCACCAUUUCUUCAACCUGGGAUUGAUCGAUAUUACUUGGGAGUGAAUUUUGCAUCUGGGGGAGCAGGUGCUUUGGUUGAAACUUUUGAAGGGGAUGUGAUUGAUCUUAAAGCACAAAUGAGAAUGUAUAAGAAGGUGGAGAAUUGGUUGAGACAGAAAUUGGGAAACAAAGAGGCAAAGAUGAAAAUAUCAAAAGCAGUUCACUUGUUUAGCAUUGGAAGCAAUGAUUAUAUGAGUCCUUUCUUGACCAAUUCCACUCUCUUAAAGUCUUUCUCCAAUCCUACAUAUGUUGCUAUGGUCAUUGGCAACUUGACCGCAGUAAUUAAAGAAAUUUAUGAGCUAGGUGGCAGAAAAUUUGCGUUCAUGAAUUUGCCAGCAUUAGGCUGUGUUCCUGCUAUUAGAGUACUUAAACCAGACAACAAUGGCAGAUGCUUAGAAGAAACUUCAUUGCUGGCAUCAUUACAUAAUAAAGCUCUCUCCAACCUCCUUUUUAAACUUGAAAAGCAAUUGAAGGGAUUCAAAUAUUCAUUCUUUGACUUCAGAACCGGUCUUCAACAGAGAAUGGACCAUCCUUCCAAAUACGGUUUCAAGGAGGGGAAGAUAGCAUGCUGUGGAACAGGGAAGUACAGAGGAGUUUAUAGCUGUGGAGGAAAGAGAAUUGUGAAGAAAUUUGAAUUGUGUGAAAACCCAAAUGAAUAUUUGUUUUGGGAUUCUUUCCAUCUCACUGAAAAGGCUUACAGACAAUUGGCAGAUCAAAUGUGGAGUGGGGAUACCAAUUCUCUUGCUCUUGGGCCUUAUAAUCUCAAGCAACUAUUCCAUAGUUGAAGAUUUGCACAAAAUUAAAUUAAAUUUAUUUUUCAAGUACAUAUCUUCUACUUUGAUUUAUAAAAUUUUGAAAAAGAUGGGAUACUUUAAUUUUU